AUGAUCUUCAUCAAGACUCUCACCGGCAAGACCAUCACCCUCGAGGUGGAGAGCAGUGAUACCAUCGACAACGUCAAGGCUAAGAUUCAGGACAAGGAGGGGAUCCCCCCUGACCAGCAGCGUCUGAUUUUCGCCGGCAAGCAGCUCGAGGACGGACGCACGCUCGCGGAUUACAACAUCCAGAAGGAGUCGACGCUGCAUCUGGUUCUCCGUCUCCGCGGUGGUAUGCAGAUCUUUGUUAAGACUCUCACUGGGAAGACCAUCACCCUUGAGGUGGAGAGCAGCGAUACCAUUGACAACGUGAAGGCGAAAAUCCAGGACAAGGAGGGCAUUCCCCCUGACCAGCAGCGUUUGAUCUUCGCUGGUAAGCAGCUGGAGGAUGGACGCACUCUCGCGGAUUACAACAUUCAGAAGGAGUCCACUCUUCACCUUGUCCUCCGCCUUCGUGGUGGACAGUAG